AUGGUUCGAAAACCGACAGACAAUAGUACAGCAACGGGCCGUCCUCGUAGACGGGCCGUUGAAGCCUGCAUAUUCUGUCGAAAACGCAAGAUCAAGUGCAAUAAUGAGCAGCCGACGUGUGCCAAUUGCAAGACUUAUGGGAAGGACUGCGUUUACGAACCCCUGUCAAUUUCCUCAAACAAUCCGCCGUCCAACUCGACUCCGGCUCGUGAUCGCGCUGAGCGUCGGCAGCGGGUCACGCCUAGGAAGCCAAAGGAAUGGGCCAAUGCCUCUUCAAGGCACACACGCCAUAGCAGAGAAGUCGAGGAAGAUCGUCAUUCCCAAUAUGUUGAUACGCCAUCGCCUUUGCUUAAUGAUGUUGGUGUUUCGUUGGGGCCAUCUGACCAAGCACAAACAGAUCAUCAAUCUGAAGCACCAGCAGAUCAAACCCCCUCUCACCGAACGGGAGUUUCUCGUAUUGUAGUCUCAGCAAACGGUGUCUCCAGUUACCAUGGCCGCACUAGUGCACUCUUUGAAGAAAACCCUCAAGAGCGAGUCUCGACAGUUGACCUACAUCCUCGAAUGCCAGAUGAAUGGAUAGAGAAAGGUCUGGUGGCCGAAGCGGCUAAGCAGCGCCAACUGGAGGACUUCAAUUACCGUGCCGGUACUCUCGAUUUUGAUGGUGUAGACCCUGAACUAGGGAUGCAUCUCCUUUCUCUCCAUUGGAAUCGCCAGCAUCACUCGUUUCUGCUGACGUAUCGACCGGCUUUCAUGAGGGAUAUGGCGUGUAAUGGGCCUUACUUCUCUAAGAUACUUCUCAACGCUAUUUAUUUUGGUGCUUCGAAGUUUAGCCCUCGUCGAGAAGUCCGGAGAGAUCCCGACGAUGUGCGUACCGCCGGCUGGGCUUUCCGUGAGCGAGUUCGUAAGCUGCUUGGUGAUGCACUUGACAGCAGUGACAUCACAACAAUUCAGGCCUUACUGGUCAUGACAAAUUCACUGUUUGCCCUCGGUGACGAAAGAAGCGCCGCCUGGCUGUAUGCAGGUCUAGCGUUCCGCAUGAUUAUCGACUUAGGUAUGCAUGUCGAUGCAUCAGGUCUGGGAAUUACAAGAAGGUUCUCUGACGAGGAUCUCGAGAUAAGACGUCGGGUAUUUUGGGGUGCAUUUGUUGUCGACAAGAUUCAGAGUCUCUAUCAAGGUCGCCCAGCGUCUUUGAAGGAGUCCGACACUCUGGUCCCAAUCAAAUUUCUCGAUACCUUUGAAGAAUUUGAGAAUUGGGCUCCUUUUGCCUAUUCUGCUCAAAACAACAACUACCCUGGUUCUCCUGCUUACAGCGUAUCGACUUUCACCUACCUGUGCCGCCUCUCAGUAGUGAUGAGCGAUAUAUUAAGCUGCAUAUAUACAGAGAGAGCUUUCGACAAGAGCCCGCAAGAGCUCUUGACGAUGCUUCAAAACCUUAGCUCGAAGCUAGCGGCAUGGAAGGAUGAUUUACCGACACAUUUGAUGUUCGAUCACAAAAGCAAUCUUAGGAUUCCACCGCCCCAUGUUCUUAGUUUACACGCUAUGUAUCAUGUUCUCACAAUUCUCUUGCACCGCCCGUUUGUCGCUGAUGGCCAUCUCUAUAAUACCUCUCGUUCCAUCUCUGUCAACUCAUUCAUUACUUGUGCUACAGCAGCCGACAAUAUAGUGGAUGUUCUCCGUGUAUAUGACCAAGUUUUCUCGGUACGGCAUGCACCAUAUUUAAUUUCGUAUGCCACCUAUGUGGCGGCGACUAUUCAUGUACGAAUAGCAGCGAAACGAAGCACUGAAUCCGGCGCUCGUGAAUGUUUAGAAACCUGCUUGUCUGUGUUUCGAGAGAAUCAGGAAACCAAUUGGGCUGUUAGAAGGGCAAAAGCUAUCGUUGAAGGGCUGAUGUCAAGACUCGGGGUCAAAUUUGCUGAGCGCGACAGCAAUAUUGCCACCAACAACAAUCCGACAUCUAAUACGAUUGAGACUGGCCUUGAUUUGGGCGAGAGAAGUCGCCCAGAGAGGAGACAAGCGGCAACACAUUUAGUAGGGUCAAACUCAAAUCCGUCUCUACCCGAAAAUGAAUCUCCCUCAAUGGGAUGGUCAGAUAUUGAUGGCAUUAUUCAAACCUUUGUACGUGGGCAAGAUUACAACGUAGGUCCGGUGGAGAUUGGACAACCAGAGCUCCCCCCUCAAGUAUUACCCCCAGCUACGGCAAACCAACAAAGCAGCGGUGACCUCACGGGUAAUGUUGGGAACCCGUCUUGGAUUCAGGGGCUGCCGGAAGGAGAAGGAGCUUCGGUCGAUGACCUGCUUUUUGGAUUCAACGGAUCCGCUCUUGAUAGUUUCUUUUAUUGA